AUGGACUUCGACACGCUGAACUCUCACCCGGAGGCGCAGCUGGAGCUUAUGAACGCAAUGCUGCAGCUAGAGCAGCUCACUGCGUUCCCUGACCACGCCAUGCCGGUGCCCCCUUCUCCAUGCACGCAAGCCCCUCGUCACCAGUUCUCCUCGGCGCCUCACAUGGCGAGCGCCAACGCCGGCGGGGCCUACCACGAUCCGUAUUCUUCCCAGCUGCCGAACUCCGCCCCCUACAACGGCGGCCAUCGUCGCUCCGAGUACACAGCGACGUCGCAGCCACAGCCCGACGGCGCUGGCACCACGGGGCCGGCGGCGAUGCGGGAGAUGAUCUUCCGCAUCGCGGCGCUGCAGCCGGUGAACAUCGACCCGGACACGGUGCGCCCCCCGAAGCGCCGCAACGUGCACAUCUCGACGGACCCGCAGAGCGUGGCGGCGAGGAUGCGGCGGGAGCGCAUCAGCGAGCGCAUCCGCAUCCUGCAGCGUCUCGUCCCGGGAGGGACCAAGAUGGACACCGCGUCUAUGCUGGACGAGGCCAUCCACUACGUGAAGUUCCUCAAGACGCAGGUGCAGUCCCUAGAGCGCGCGGCGGCAGCCAACGGCCACCGCGCGUCACCCAAUGGCGCAGCCCCCGCCGCGGCCUACCAGGGCCUGAACGGGACGUGGUAA